UUUUCAUAACCUAAAAUGUCGGAAACCUCACAUCCAUCUCGCGAUCCAAAAAAUCUCAGCGAACCAUUCGCAGUCAUCGAAUUUCUCGAGAAAAACGAAAAAGGGCUACCAUGCAUUGAUUUGGUGCCGAAAAAAUGGUUUAAUAGUGCAGAAGAAGACACCUGUAAAUUCCCACCGACAACUGAAUAUCAUCUACUUGACGACUACUUGGAAAAAUUGCACUCGCCCAAGGACUCUUGGCAAAGUUAUCCAUUUUGCUUCAUCACCGGAGCAGCUGAUUUGGAUCAGGGUCGCAGAAGAUUAAAAAAGGCCCAAGUAACUCUCAACUGUGAGACAACCGAUGGUGAAAAUGAUCGAAAGGGGGGGAGGUCCGAAACUUCCUCGAAAGCAAAAAUUUCAGCAAAACCCUUAACUGCAUCAAAGUCUCAACUAAACAACAUCUUUAGUACUAAAAUCCCGAUUCCACCUAGAAAUCAAACUCCAAAGUCUGGUAUACAAGCAAAACCAAAGACAAGAUUUCAAAGCAUUUACCAGAGUGGAUCUGACUCUGAAGACGAAAAUCAUGAUUGUCUUAUAGCUAAUCCUGAGGAGAUUCGAGCCUCAAAGGCUCAAAAUAAUUCUGGCUUUUUGCAAAUGUCGAGUAAAUCGCGAUCUGUACCAACAGGUGCAUGUUUAUCAUUUAAACAGCGGUCAAGGAAGAAUAUUACUUUGCUUAAAGACGUCGAAACUGAUGAAUCUGAGAGCAAUGAUUCCUCCGAUGGAAUUCUGCAGUCACCUACAAAAUCGAUGGACUCAGCGAGAAAUACAAGAAAAGAACUUCAUUUGACACCUCCUUCACCACUAGUCCAUAACGCUUCAGGUAACCGAAAAAGGCGUGCAUCGUCUACUACACGCGCUGAAGACGGAUUGAAUUCGAUUGUGAGCCCAGGAACUCCAAAAACUUCACGAUCAAUGAUGGUACACCCUGCUAAGAUGCCAAAAAUGCUGGGACCACAAAACCAGUUGUCAUCUAGUCAUUAUGCUGAUAAUGAACGUCGAAUCCUGAACUCCCUUCGAGAUUACUUUGAUCAGCAAUUAGAUGAAAAGCUCGAAAAUUUAAGACGCAGGAUGGCUUACGAUUUAAAGCAGUCUAUGAAUGAGCUCAAGACCACAAUCAUUGGCACUAAUCUAGCCCCAGCUUCUGGUCCUAGCUUGCUUGAAAUACAGAAGCAGAUGUCUACGCCACUACCAUUUGAAAUGGAUGAUAAGUUCCAGGAAUACGAAGCGAUAUUGACAACGGACCCAAAUCUCGUAGAAACACUGCGAUUAUUCAUGAGAGUUUUGAUAAGCAAUAAAAAAGAGAUGAAAAUAUGUGUUUCCACUAUCCUAUCUGCGGUUCUGAGGAAGACAGUGUCACUGCACUAUUCUGGUUACGGAAAGGAAGCUGGCGGAAAGAAAAAGAAAAAUUUUUAUAACACUACAGUAUGCAAAGUGCUGAUUGAUGUGAUAAUUGAGGUAAUAGGAUCCAGCACUGAUGAGAAGAAGAUAAUGUCAGAAGUAAGUACUUGGUUGUCACGUUCUGGCGAUCGAGAGGGUGGGGGUAAGGAACGACAACGCGGGUCAAGUCAUCAUAACGAGAAUAAUUCAGUUUGUUCCUUUGAUACCAAUCGAUAAUACUUCAUUUUUCCGGGAUAAAUGGAAUUGUAAAAUCACUGUGUUAAUAUGACUCCAUUAAUUCAUUUUCGUAAUUGUAUUAGUUGUGAUAUUCUUGAUAAAAGGUACGAUUAAUAGGAAAAGUUUAUAUUAUCAAUAUAUUUUUAUCGCGAGGCGUUUCAUUGGGCAGAAUAUAUAUUAAUAUAUGAAUAUUGUUUAGUAUUCGGCUGUCAUUGAAGUAUUAAUUAUAUUUAUUAUAUUUCUCCUGGCGAGGUCGGAAAUCCAGAAGAUGGAAAUAACAAUUGGAAAAUGUGAUGUAUCUUAGCAUAAUAAAGUAUUUUCUAUGUCAUUUCCUCAUAAGUUAGAUCACGGGAAUAAAUAUCCGUUGUUGGUU